AUGGGAGCUGCAAAGAUUUCGUACGAGGAGCUCAACAAGUUGGAGAACAUCUUAACACCCAAGGAUGACAUAUAUCCAUACAUCUCGUGGACAGGGAAUUAUACAGUGUGUGAAAGUCUUCAAUUUAGCAGACGAGAUGAGGUGGAGGAUGAUAGAGUCAAGCUUCUCAUGCAGAUGAUAAUGAAGCAGUUUGACUUCAGUGGUCAUAAUUGGGAGUACGAAGAGACACCGGUCUUUUCUUUUGAGGUUGAUAACAAAGAAGGUGAGAAGGAGAAAGUAGCUACGCAUGAGGGAGAAGGUGGGAGUGAUGAAGAGCCUAACGACAAGGAUGGUGAAGGUGGGAGCGAUGAAGCAAGUGGGAGCGAUGAGGAGUUUCAAACUCCAAAAGGAUCAGCAACCAUAAGGGCGAGAGAUACAAAGGGAAAGAAGAGGCUCCCUGAUCGUGGAAUGGAAAAAAGGAAGCAUAAGGUCCUACAUACUAGACCACAACAGGCGCCCUUUGAUGAAGAAAUGAAGACUUUUGUGACGCAGUUGUUUCAGCAAGGUUUUGCUGCGAUGGAAGAGAGGCUAGAGAAAAAGAUGGAUGAAAAAUUUGAGGGAGUGCAGUCUGAGCUUAAAAAUUCCCGUGGGGAUUCAACCGUCUAA